UUUGUAAUUAAUUUUGUGGAAAAAUUAAUUUUAUAAGCUAGUGUGAUAAAAGUUGGUUUUAAAUGUUGAUAUUAAUAAAUGUACGUUGAAUUUCGAUGAGGUCACAGGAUGUAGUUGAGUGUAACGGCAACGGUGUUAUAUAUAUGUAUAUAUAUGAAGUGUAAGGGUGUGUAAUGUGUGUUAAGAUACGAGAAUGAAAAGAAGUGUUCGAAAGGAAGAAUAAGUUUUUAAAAAAGAGAGUGGUAUAUUUCAACGAUGACUGGACUUGUACGACAACUUAACACGUACAUACAUCGAUGAAUACAUAAUAUAUGUACAUAUAUCUGUAUGUAUGUAUAUAUAGUGGACACGAUUGUAUCGCGGUUGACUAAACCUGAGGUUUUUUUAAUAUUAAAUGACCGUGGACUGAAUAAUCAGUCGCGGUGUAGCAUAAGUGACGUAAAUUUCUUGCUCUCGAGGAGUUUUUAUCGAAAAUUGGUUUGCAAGCAAGUAAGCAAGUAAGCGGGAGCCAGAAAUUUAAAUUUAAAUUUAAAUUUAAAAUAAUUUUAGAGUUUUAAAUACUCGGAGAAAAAUCAAAGAGAGUUUAAGUGUUAAAGUGAGAGGCCUGUCGGUCAGGUAGAGACCGAAAGGUUUAAAGUAACAGUACUUAAGUUACGUAGAUAAUUAUUAUUACUGUUAUUAUUAUUAUUGUUGAUGUUGCUGUGUAAUCUAAAAGUGAACUCAGGCUGUUGAUUUUGUUUGCAAGCCAAUUGGUUUCAAUUUAUUGGAUUUUAAAAUUGUUUUUUGGGAAUUAAGGGACUUUUUUUGGAUAAAAAGGAAAAAAUGAAAGAGAGACUAUGAAGAAUUAAAUAGAGAAAUGGAGAGAUGGAAACCGAGUGAAGAAUGCUCGUACUAAACGAGGUGAAAACAUAAUAUAAGUGAUGAGAACGAUAGGACUGAGGACUUAGGGUGAAUGUUUCGUGUGGGCUCGACUUUUGGUGAUACUGACGCGAGUUUAUUGUUGUUAAUCUUUGUUUAAAUCUUAGACGUUUAGAUUGUUCGGUAAUUUUUGUUUCAAAAUGGGGAAUCAUCCUUCGGCUCAUCAGCCGCUCGAAAGAGCGACUAGUUAUAGCGGAAACGCUCUCAGGUUUUCGAAGAGAGAAAGAUCCUCGCCAGCUAACACUAACAGCAGACGGAUGGAUCGUCUAAGGAGAAGCUUUCGUGACAGUUUUAGAAGGAGGAAAGACACUCAUAUCCCGGAAUCUAGUAAACCACAUCAAUGGCAGGCGGAUGAAAGUGCUGUGCGUUCUGCAACGUGUGCCUUUCAUGUUAAGUACUUAGGAUGCGUGGAAGUAUUCGAAUCAAGGGGGAUGCAAGUCUGCGAGGAAGCACUCAAAGUAUUAAGGAAUUCGAGAAGAAGACCAGUAAGAGCAAUAUUACACGUAUCUGGAGACGGGUUAAGAGUCGUCGAAGACGAGACCAAGGGGUUAAUCGUUGACCAAACGAUUGAAAAAGUAUCUUUUUGCGCACCGGAUCGUAACCAUGACAAAGGGUUUAGUUAUAUUUGUCGCGAUGGUACUACGAGAAGGUGGAUGUGCCAUGGCUUUUUGGCGCUUAAGGAAUCGGGUGAAAGAUUAAGCCACGCAGUGGGUUGCGCAUUUGCGGCUUGCCUGGAACGGAAGCAACGCCGCGACAAGGAAUGCGGGGUCACGAUGACGUUUGACUCAAAGACGUCAACGUUUACGCGAAGCGGAAGUUUUCGACAGCCGAGUUUGACGGAAAAAUUACAAGAUAGCAGAGAACGAGCGGUUGAUGUCCCGUCAACACCGACGUCAGCAGUCGCUAAGCAGGUAUACAACCCGUUCGCGAUUGAGAGACCUCAUGCCACACCCUCGAUGCUUGAAAGACAGGGCUCUUUUCGCGGGUUCACUCAGCUGAACCAAGCCUCACCCUUCAAGAGGCAGCACAGUCUCAGGGUCAAUGAGCUUCCCAGUAAUUUGGAACGCACACGGAGUCACAGUCUUGAACCCACUGAUUUUUCCAGGCUUCCUACUAGCCUUGGUGGGACUUUGCCCCAUGGGAUCAUUGGGAUCAAGCCGCCUGUGAGUCCAAUACCAGAAGUGCAACCAUCAACAGGAAGCGAGAUAUCAGCAAUGUGUUAUCAACUUUCGCAGGGUCUCUCGCUUUUGUCUAGCAACGAUGACUUUGGUCCUCCAUCUUUGUCCUCGCUGCACUCUGUCUCUAAAAAUCUUUUCGGCAAUACAAAUCAAGCUCAAGGAGUUACGAGCAGUAAUUCGCUAGACGACAUGAAACUUUCAAACGGGCCCAGUAUUAACAACAAUAUCAACAAUAACAACAACAAUAACAACAUCAACAAUAUUAAUGAGGACGAGUCAAUGGAUGUAGCAAUUAACGACAUAACUUGGAACGAGACAUCGCAAAUUACCUUAACGAAUCAUCAACGAUUGACGCCGAUCCUCAACACCAGUUGCAACCUGAGCCCAGUUCUUGUCAAGACAUCUUCCCGCCCAGUGUCAUCGGCUGGUCCGACUGAGUCUGCCAUCGAUAGAUCCACUGAUACUUCCAUGACUAGUCAUCAGUCUUUUGGGAUUAAUAAUUCUUUGACUAGUUCUGUUGCCAGUGACAGAAUGGAGACGCAGUCAGUGAUAAGUACAAGCAGCGCAACAACAAGUGGAAUAUCAGAGUUACCGCGACCGGAGCAGUGGCUAGGAACAGUAACAGGACUAGUAUCAGCAGCAUCCCAAUCCUCUGGUUCCGGAAUAAUUUCUACAGUUCCAUCAGUUCCAAAAGUUCCAAUUCCACCGCGUCGAGCACCGCUCCUUCACGCCCGAGCCCACUCGCUAGGAUCAUCAAUAAUGCCGAGCACAAUAUCGACCCGCUCUGGGAUAAUAACGACGGACCCGUUCGACGCGGGAUGGGCUGAAUUAGCAGCUCCGGAUCUUACCAAAUCUUCCGGAAGCACCGCAACCACAACAAAUCCCUUUAUUGUUCCCAAUCCAUCGCAGACCUUUCAGGUGCAAUUGUAGCAAUCCUUAUGGUAAUUAUUGUUAAUUAAUCGGUUGCUUAAUUGGUGGAUUUAAAUUAACUAAAUGAAAUUAAUGAAAUACUAGUGCUUACCAAUUGAUAAUGCUGACAAAUUAUUAAUUACAUGUGUAGAUUGCACAUUACGCACCAAUUAUUAAGUAAUAUACUAUUUAAUUAAAAUAUUAAUUCCCUAGUCUUAGUAGGCGUACUAUUUUUGUGCGAUGCUCGACGUACUUUGUUUUUUAUUAUUUAAUAAUAAUUAUUGAAACUAUUUUUAUAGUUUCAAUUCUAGUUACUUUUAUUUUAUCAGUACUUGUUGGUGUACUUAGAGAUUGAGUAUUAAAAAAUUUAUUAAGUUAAUGACGGGAAGAAAGAAGAGGGAUUUUUUUUCAAUUGUUGGAAUUUUUAAUUGCCAAUUUUUUUUUGUUCAACUUGAACGAUUCAAUUUUUUAUUG